UAUUCGAAAUAAUAAAUUCGGUUUCUGGUGACAAAUUAGUUUGAUCCGCUGUGCCAGCAGGCAUUGUAGAUCCAUGCUUCUACAAAUCUUAGUUUUGUACCUAUGCUUCAACUUCAGCAGUUCAGCCUACGUUUCUGUACAAUCACCAUACGUGAAUUCAGCAGCUCUGAACUACGUCGGAAGUCAGCCCCAUUAUCAUUCAGGAUAUCUUGCGGGUGGAGCCAGAUAUCCAGGUCAUGUACAAGCUGUUCAACUGAUUGGAAGCCCUUCGUAUCAAUCGUAUCCAUCCUACUAUCCCUACAAUGUACCGUCUCCUGGGUUAUCAUUCGCUGCGCAUCCUUUCCAAACCUAUGGACAUGCGGCCGUUGGUCCAGUUAUUUAUGGCGGAGUUCAACGACCACCCGUUAUCGCGUAUGCUCCACAACCUGUUUAUCCAAUCGUAACUCCACAUCAGGCUCCUCCUGUGCAACCGGUACAUGUACCCACAGCAACCGUUGUACCUGUUCACAUACCGGUGGCACCCGUUAAACCGGUAACUUCUGUGACUAAAAUAGCAACAGUUACACCCGUUACCACUACUAUUACAAAAACAGUCACCAAAGAAGAGGAAACCGUUUCUUCCAGCACAGAAAAUCCACAUCCAUUUAUAAAAUCCCGAAAAUACAAAGUAAGAAGACCGGCGAUUCAGAAUCAGUUUUAUGACAUUGAAGAACGUGUUAUCAUUCGACCUGUCGGUACGGCUCUUGUUGAACUUGAACAGCCAGCUUCUAGAACAGAAACAAAAGUUACUUCACAUACGGUUCAAACACAAUCGAAUGCAGGUAGCGCGGAACAUGGACGGGCUGUCAUUACAGGACCUUCAAGUGUAACCCAAAAGCCUCAAAUAAUACACACCGUUUAUCAACAAGCUCCCGUUCAACACACUCAGGUUGUAGCCCAUCAUCCUGUGAUAAUUCAUGCUAGUAGUGCUGGACACGUUGUCCCUCAACCCACCAUACAUCAUGUACAACCGCCAGUUCCAGUAUAUGUCAAUCACAUUCAGCCUGUUUACGUUCCAGUAACAUCUAUCCCCGUUACCACUCCUGUUACUACAUUCAAACCUAUUCAUCACGUGACCACUCCGAUUGCAACGACACCUGCUCCAACUUCAGAUUCCUCUACGAGUUUCGAUUAUGACGAUUCUGUGGUGGUUGAGCCCCGUGGUGGAGGCCACACAUUCCAUGUUGUAUCAACUACCGAGGCACCAUUGGAUCAUUCGACCUUAGAUGCUACUGCCAAGUAUAGAAUAUGUGACGAUGUUUCGACUGAUGAUCUUCCAAAACGGGGCGAUAUUGCAAUCACAUAUGCUUCAACCGAAGCAACUCAUCAAAGUCUUUCCGACGCGAACAGUACAUCAGUGACAGAAUCGACAUCCGCAAAACCAAAUUUAUCUGUAUCGGCAUCAUUUAAAAAUGUGCAGGUCAAUUCUCGCAUAAAUGUCAACGAGCAACGUCAAUCACAGUCAUUAGUGUUAGAACGACAGCAAUCCCAAGGACGUAGUGGAAAAAUUAAUGAAAUCACUGCAACUUCUCCAAGGGUCAUCAUAGCUAAUAGUUUAUCAGCUGAUCAAGCACGCACCAACCAGGAGCAUUUCAUCCGAUUGCUUUCCGAAAGAGACUCCAUUGCAGAAGUAGGUUAUGGACCCAACACUGACACAUCAAGUAGCCUAAUCAACACGUACGUCCGAAGUCGCGUCUUGUCGGCCACACCUGGUCCUCUGGACAGCAAGGAAACAAGCAGAACCGUCAACAUACGAAGGAUAAUUGUAUCCCGACCGAUUGAAACCGAACAGGAGGUCGAAGUUCGAGAGCACACAUAUCCUGUGCAUUCCACGACACACCAAGUCACGUCAAGCUCAGAUCAGGUACCAGUCUACACGACUAUUAAGCCACCAGCAUUUGCACAUGAUGAUUCCAAAUAAUAUAUUAAGAAGCAUGCCAUAAACUCAAAUAAACGCCAUUUGUUACCGCCAA